AUGCGGGCACUGACAAACGAAAAAGCGCGCUCGGCCAUGAAAGAGGAAUAUGUAUCGGAAAACAUUAGCUGGACGCCAAUCGAUUACUUUAAUAACUCUGUAGUGGUAUCACUGCUGGAAGAAAAGAGGCCGCCAGGACUCUUUCUUAUCCUUGAUGAUGUCUGCGCGACUUUGCAUGGAGGCAGUACCGGGGCGGACUCUGAUUUACAGAAGAAAUUUGCCGGCGCAGCUAGUAGUCACGCUCACUUCCAAAACACGAGCGACGGUUUCGCCAUUCUUCAUUACGCUGGAAGCGUUUCCUAUUCCGUGGAUGGCUUUUGCGACAAGAAUCGCGAUGUUUUAUUUCUGGACCUCGUAGAGCUUAUGCAAACGAGCACAAAUUCGUUGGUGCGGGAGAUUUAUCCGCAGGAGCGCGAGGCUGCCCGCACGAAGACGCUCAAGUCGAGGCCAACGACGGCCGGGAGCAAGAUACGCAACCAGGCGAGCCGACUCGUUAGCCAGCUGACGAGGUGCACCCCGCAUUACAUCAGAUGCAUUAAGCCGAACGAGACGAAGAAGCCGCGCGACUGGGACCAGCUCAGGGUCAAGCACCAGGUAGAGUACUUGGGCCUAAAGGAGAACAUACGCGUAAGGCGCGCGGGUUUCGCUUAUAGGCGACCCUUCCUAAAGUUUCUUCACCGCUACGCAAUCCUGACGUCGGAGACUUGGCCGAUACGUCGUGGUGACGAGCGCCAGGACGUCAAAUGUAUCCUGUCGAGUGCCUGCAUCGAGCCCAACCAGUAUCAACUCGGGCGCACGAAGCUCUUCAUUAAGGCUCCCGAGAGCCUAUUCAUGCUCGAGGAGGCGCGCGAUCGCAAGUACAACAUGCAUGCCCGGGUGAUCCAGCGGGCAUUCAAGAAGUACUUCGCGAAGAAGCGGCAGGCGGCCCAGAAGCAGGAGGCGGCUGACCUCCUCUACGGGCACAAGCAACGUCGUAGGGGGAGCCUCAACCGGAACUUUGUCGGCGAUUACAUCGGCAUGGACGUGAAGCCCCGGCUGGCGAGUCUCGUUGGCAAACGGGAGAAGAUCUUUUAUGCGGAGGUCGUCAAGAAGUACGAUCGGCGAUUUAAGAUGUGUAGACGAGAUUUAAUUCUCACGAGCAAAUGUCUAUAUUUAAUUGGACGUGAAUCGAUGAAAAAAGGUCCGAAAAAAGGCUGCUGUAUGGAAGUAAUCAAAAGAAAGCUGCCCUUUGAGCAAAUUAGUCACAUCUCGUUGAGUACUUUGCAGGAUGAUUUCGUUGUAAUUCAUACGAGGGAGGACUAUGCCAGUCUACUAGAACUAGUCUUUAAAACCGAAUUUUUAUCGGUUUUUAAUAAAAAUUACAUAGAAGAAAUGGGCCAUUCUCCAAAUAUUAAAUUCAAUAAUAGCAUAGAGAUCAAAGUAAAAAAAGAAGGCUGGGGGGGAGGCGGUACCAGACAAGUUAAAUUCGUUCAAGCUGGUUACGGAGACAAAGAGGUAUUGAGCUCCAGUGGAAAAAUCCUGACCGUCAGCAUCGGCCCCGGACUUCCUAUUACCUCCAUAUUCUCAGAGCCGCGGAUGACGCCAGACUCGCGCACGGGUUACGAUGUCCGGCCGAGUCGUGCCCAAAGCGGCAUCGAGCAGCGCUACGUCAACACAGCGGAGGUGAUGUCGAGCAACGGACGCCCGACCAUUCCCACGAGUCGAUCCGCGUUUCAGCAGCCGGUGAACGCGAUCAAGGGACCAAGGCCCGAACAAAUCGCCAACAUCGCCGCACAGCGGAUAGCCGAGAGCUACGCCAACAUUAACAAGGGACCGAGCGUUAUGAUAGGUAAUGAAGGAAAGGAUUGUCGAGCAGGUUCGAUCAAGGCACCGCCGCCCCCCUCGGAACCGGCACCACCCAACCAACCGACCAUACACUCGGCCUUCAGACUGCCGCCCCUCGGCGCUGCCACCCCCGUCAUCCACGGCAAUGGGCUGCAGAGUAAUCUGGUGGCUGCCCGGCCCCAGCCAAAGCCCCGGAAGCCCCAGCUCCCGAGUCUGCCCAAGGUCAAGGCACUUUACGACUACUCUCCCCAGGACCUUGACGAGCUCGGACUCAAGGAAGGCGAGAUCAUCGAAGUUCUCAAAGAGCAUGAAGGUGGCUGGUGGCAUGGAAGACUUAAAGGCAGAACAGGAUUAUUUCCAUCUAAUUACGUAGAAAAAAUUUAGAACAAUGUCAUAUCGUAAAUAGAGCAUUUCCAAAGACAUUUAAUAAUCAUUAACUUAUAAAAUUAGGAAGAAAUUAUUUAUUUCUACAAGCAGUGACAUUACAGAAAUGCAUUUUCAUAUUUUUCUCAACUAUAGGAGAAGGUUGUGAAUCGAAAAAAUCGUUUUUUGUAAACGAAUCAACUGCCGUAUUAAACAAAUGAUUUUGAACGAAUACAAGUACAUAAAAUACGUAUUCGUCGAAUAAAAAAUUCACACGAUCGCAUAAGCAAUGAAGCAUUUUUAUU